UUUAUUUGCGCAUGCGUAGUGUGUAUUUUUCGCACACGAGGGCUCGCCAUCUUUAGCUCCUCUCGUGAGGAAGUGAAAAACCGAAAUGCCGACCUACUUUCAGAGGCCGGAGAAUGCUCUGAAAAGGGCAAACGAGUUCAUUGAAGUUGGGAAAAAAGAGCCUGCUCUAGAUGCUCUUUAUGAUGUCAUCAAGAGCAAAAAACACAGGACAUGGCAGAACAAAAUCCACGAACCCAUUUUGUUCAAAUACUUAGAGUUGUGUGUGGAUCUUCGCCGCAGCCAUGUUGCCAAGGAAGGGCUGUACCAAUACAAGUUGAUUUGCCAACAAGUCAAUAUUGCCUCACUGGAGGACGUUAUCAGGUACUUCCUAAAGUUGGCUGAGUCCAGGGCAGUAGAAGCCCAAGAGGACUCUAGGAAAGAGGCUAGCGCCGAACUUGAUGAGGAUGUUGAUAUUGAAGAUCUUGACCAGAUUCAGACACCAGAGAGCCUUCUGCUGAGCUUUGUGAGUGGGGAAGACACACAGGACAGGACAGACCGGGUCAAGCUCACCCCCUGGGUCAAGUUUCUAUGGGAGGCAUAUAGAAAUGUACUGGAGUUGCUGAGAAACAAUGUUAGGGUUGAGAAACUCUAUCACGAAACAGCCCAGCAAGCUUUUAAGUUUUGCCUGAAGUAUACCAGAAGAACAGAGUUCAGGAAACUAUGUGACAAUUUGAGAAAUCACCUCAAUGUUACCCUGAAGCACCAGGGCCAGCCGAACUCAGUCAACUUGAACAACCCAGACAGCAUUCAGAUGCAUCUGGAGACCAGACUGGCCCAGCUAGACAGUGCAAUUAGCAUGGAGUUAUGGCAGGAAGCAUUCAAGGCAGUUGAAGAUGUGUAUGGGCUGAUGCAGCUGUCUAAACGCCCUCCAAAGCCCCAAGUGAUGGCAAACUAUUACCAGAAGGUCGCUCUGGUCUUCUUGAAGGCCGGUAAUUUCCUGUACCAUGCCUGCACACAGCAGAGGUUGUACCUUCUGAUGAGGGAACAGAAGAAAAGCAUCACUUCGGAGGAGCUGCAAAAAAUGGCAUCACAUGUGCUUCUUGCCACUUUAUCGGUGCCAAUCCAGGUCUCUCUCAGUAACACUGAGAAGUACUUGGAACUGGAUGAAGUGGCUCGGGAGAAGUCCAAGCGUCUAGCCAACCUGUUGAAUCUGCAGAACACCCCAACAAGAGAGUCACUCCUACAAGAUAUGCUGAAAGCAAAUGUUCUUCAGUACGUGAACACCAAAGUUCACUGUCUGUACCAGCUGCUUGAGAAAGAUUUCCGCCCUCUUGAUCUUUGCGCCAAGGUCAAUGAGGUAUGCCAGUACCUUGAAUCGUGUGAUGACGCUGAUCUUUGCCAGUAUAUCAAGCCUAUCCAAAAUAUAGCUGUCACCAGGCUGCUGAAACAGGUCUCUCAGGUCUUCCAGACCAUUGAAUUUAGCAGGCUAAUGGCUCUGGUACCAUUCAUGACAGAGUUCCAGUUGGAGAGAAUGAUUGUUGAUAUUGCCAAAGAGAAAAAUCUCCAGGUUCGUCUAGACCAUCGCACCAAGUCCAUCAGCUUUGGCUUGGAUCUGCAUGUAGCGCAUAGAGAGGAAGUGCCGGAGGGACCAUACUUGCAGGCAAUGCCAUCAGAAGGCCUCCGAAAUCAGCUGACAUUAAUGUCUGUUGCCCUCCAAAGAUCCAUAUUUACCAUUCAGCAUGAUCACAUUAAGGCCAAGAAGCGAGAGGAGCAAGAGCAGAUGGCACAGAACUAUCUGCGCACAGCACGCAAAGAGCACAAGCUUAUGCUUGAGAGGAAGACAGUUAUAGAGGCUCGAAAGGAAUACUUGGAGUCGGUUAUGCAGGAAAGGGAAAGACGAGAAUAUGAGAAGAUCAAGAAACAAAAGGUAGAGAACCAGGAAGCAGAGCAAAAACGCCUUGAUGAGGAGCGCAGACAACGCGAGAUCCAGCGUAGACGUCAGGAGCUUCAGGAUAUUGAGAAGAGGCAGGCCAUGGACAAGAUUGCUGCCCUGAAAAAGACAACUGUUGGGGCCAAGGCAUUGAAAGAUCUUUCUCCUGAAGAAAUUGAUAAUAUGAAUGCUGAUGAUAUUAUUGCCAAACAAGUUGAGCAGCUGGACAAGGAGAAAAGAGAACUCCAGACCAAGCUUAAGACACAGGAGAAGAAGGUUGAUUACUUUGCACGAGCCAUGCGCAUGGAGGAGAUCCCUCUGCUUAACAAACAGUAUGAAGAACAUCUUGUCGCAGACAGGGAAUUCUGGGAGAACCAGGAGGAGGAAAGGGUGAGAAAGGCUAUAGAGGAGCAUGAGAAGUUGGUUGAGACCAGUGCAAGACUGCAGCGCAUGAUCCCUGACAAAGAUGCCUUCAUCAACACGCUCAGGGAAAGCCGCACUGAGGAAUAUCAGGCCAAGUUUCAGGCAUUCCAGGCCAAGCUUGAGCAGGUGAGGAAAGAGAGACUGGAGGUCAGAAGGAAGCGGCGAAUCAAGGACAGAAAGGAGAGGAAGAAGAUCGAGAUGGAGGAAGCCAAAAAACGGGAGCAGGAGGAGAAGGAGCGUAAGGAAAAAGAAGAGAAAGAGCGAAUCGAGCGCGAAGAGCGCGAAGCAAAGGAGCGUGAAUAUGCAGAGAGAAUCGCAAAACAGAAUGAAAUUGACCGUAAAAGGCGCGAGAAGGAGCUGGAGAUUGAGCGCCGUCUGGAGGAACGUGCAGGUGUUGGCCGUGAUGCCAGGGAGCCAGAGAUGGACCGGGGUAGAGGCCGCCAGGAACGAGGAUGGGGCGACCAUGAGGAUGGAGGUGACCGGUGGCGGGAUGAGAGGGGAGGGGACCGUGGCCCCGAUCGGGGUGGUGAUAAACCUGGGGCGUGGAGACCGAAAUGGCAGCGUGAGGAACCUGAUCGAGGAGGCGAUAGAUGGCGGGGCGGAGACCGACGAGAUGAUGGCCCACGGCGUGACGCUCCCCGUGAGGAAUGGAGACGGCCAGGAGAUCGCGACGGACCACGUGACGGACCACGUGAUGGACCACGUGACUUUGGAAGAAGGGACAUGGGCAGAGACGAUGACCGUGGUGCCUGGCGAGGUGGAGGGGGUGACCGCGGUGGUUUUGACCGCGAUCGAGACCGUGGUGGUUUUGACCGCGACAGAGACCGCGGUGGUUUUGACCGUGACAGAGACCGCGGAGGGUUCGACCGCGAUCGUGGUGGCUAUGAUCGUGAUAGAGACCGCGGUGGGUUUGAUCGUGACCGAGACCGCGGUGGUUUCGAGCGUGGCGGAGGAUGGCGCGAUCAGGAACGUGGAGGAUUUGACCGCGAGCGUGACCGACAUGAUCGUGAUGGUGGUGGAGGUGCAUGGCGUGCGGGUGACCGCGGCGGUGAUCGCGACCCUCGUGGUGACCGCGGCGGAUUUGGUCGUGAUCGUGGUGGUUACGGUGAUCGCAGUGAGCGCGGUUUUGGCGAUGGUGGGGACGGUGGCAGCGCUUGGCGCGGUAGGGAACCUGACCGUGAACCUGCCCGUGGCGGUGACGAGCGUGACGGUGGUGCGUGGAGAGGGCGUGACAGAGAAGAACCACGUGGCGGCGAUGCAUGGCGUGACAAGCCCGAAGAAUCAGGUCGACAGGCUAGACCUGAAGGGAAGUCUUGGUCUGCAUCUAGGCGUGGUCGAGAUCGCCCCCCAACCCAAGAAUCUUCGGAUCCUGAAGGCUGGAAGACAGUGCAGUACAAGUAAAUAAAAAGAAGAAUGAUGGCCACUUAAUCAGUCUAGUAGGCGACUACUAUUCUAUUAUUAUUGGAUAACUGCAAGUUUAUCGUGAGCUAAACUUGUAUGACAUGCUUGAAACAGAAAUACCGUUAGCAAAUAAACGAUGACUACAUAUAGUGAAGAAAUAAAUCCCAGGUAUCGGUAGACUUUCGCAAAGUUACUCUCUUUUUCUAAACUGAGCCUCAGCUUGGGAAAAUAAAGGCGUGAGCACAGUUCACGGAGUUCAUGGUCUCGGAGAGUGUGAGAGCGACUUGGAGCAAGUCCAGUGUGACCACUAUCAAAGUAUAGAAUAUAGGAAUUGAAGUGAUACAAUGAUUCUAUGGUUUUGUCAUCAUGCCUUGUAACGCCAUCCUAGUCAAUUACGAGAGUGUUAUGCGAA